CUGUUGCCAUGCUUUGCUCUUGGAUACGUAACAUCAAUAAAAUACAGAAAACCACACAUAUUGUAACAAAUAAACAUGUGAUUGUUGAUCAAUUGCGCCAUUUACGUGCGCUGCGCAAGGCACCAAGUGAGUUCAGUGUGCUAGACGCAACAGCAGAACCACCACAGGAUGUGGGGCUAAAAAGAAACGAGCGUCGAGAUGAAAUCGCCUUAGAUUUUGGCAAGCGUGAAGCUCAUGUUCCCACCUUCAAUUUGGCUGCGCAUGUAAACAACUCCAAGACACUGCAGCAGCUAAUGAGUCUGGGCGUCGAUCUGCAUAGCAUUGAGCGGCGCAAGGGUCUGGGUCAGUUUGUGCUUCGCCUGGACUUUGAGCAGAAUGUGAAACCCUAUUUAACUUUCCUGUCCGAUCAGGGCAUAUCGCCGCAUGACUUUGGUGUGUUGAUUACCAAGAAUCCACUACUAUUCAAGGUGGAGCUGGAUGACUUGCAGACGCGUGUCGAGUAUCUGCGCAGUAAGCGUUUCUCGGAUGAGGCACGUCGACGUAUUUUCACCCAGAAUCCAUAUUGGUUAAUGUUCUCAACGCGACGCGUUGAUCGCCGUUUGGGCUACUUUCAAAAGGAGUUCGGCCUGAGUGGGCACGAUUUGCGCCUGCUGGCAACCAAGGAGCCACGACUGAUUACCUACAACAUGGAGCACUUGCGAAAAUCUGUAUUUACGUUACGCGAGGAAAUGGGCUUCAGUUACAAGGAGCUGCAAUCGCUAAUUGUGCACAAGCCACGUCUGAUGAUGAUACCACCCGAUGAUCUCGUGGAGCGUUUCAGCUAUGCUCACAACGAGAUGGGCCUGAGCCAUGCGCAGAUCCUUCAAUGUCCUGAGUUGUUGGCCUCUCGCGAGUUUCGUCUGCGUGAACGUCACGAAUUUCUCAAACUGUUGGGACGUGCUCAGUAUGAUCCGCAAAAGGAUUUGUAUGUUUCACCCAGCGAAAUUGUGCAAGGCAACAAUUUUUAUUUUGUGCGUAAUGUGGCGAAAAGUGAUUUGCAAACAUUUGAUUUGUUUUUGAAAACACGUUAAUAAAAGUUUAAGUGCGCGCACACAA